AUGUCUGGAUUUGCUCCUUUGAAAAAUGAUUUGAUUCUAAGAGCUGCAAAAGGUGAAAAAGUGGAAAGACCUCCAAUUUGGAUCAUGAGACAAGCUGGUCGUUAUUUACCAGAAUAUCAUGAAGUUAAAGGUGGCCGUGAUUUCUUUGAAACUUGUAGAGAUGCAGAAAUUGCCUCAGAAAUUACAAUUCAACCAAUUGAUCAUUUUGAUGGAUUAAUCGAUGCUGCUAUCAUCUUUAGUGAUAUCUUGGUUAUUCCUCAAGCAAUGGGUAUGGAUGUUCAAAUGAUUGAUAAACAAGGUCCUCAUUUCACAGAUCCUUUAAGAACUCCUGAAGAUUUGAAAAAAUUGAGUAAAAAUGUUGAUGUUACAAAAGAAUUAGAUUGGGCUUUUAAAGCAAUCACUUUAACAAGAAAGAAAUUAAAUGGUAGAGUCCCAUUAUUAGGUUUUUGUGGUGGACCAUGGACUUUAAUGGUUUAUAUGAUUGAAGGUGGUGGUUCAAGAUUAUUUAGAUUUGCUAAAGAAUGGAUUUAUAAAUAUCCUGAAGCCUCUCAUGAAUUAUUACAAAGAAUCACAGAUGUUGCAAUUGAAUUCUUGGCUCAUCAAGUUGUUGCAGGUGCUCAAAUGUUGCAAGUGUUUGAAUCAUGGGGUGGUGAAUUAGGUCCAAAUGAAUUUAAAGAAUUUUCCUUACCUUAUAUUAGACAAAUUUCUGCUAAACUACCUAAAAAACUAAAAGAAUUAGGUAUAACUGAGGAAAUCCCAAUCACAAUUUUCUCAAAAGGUUCUUGGUAUGCAUUAAAUGAUUUAUGUGAAUCUGGUUAUAAUACAGUUUCAUUAGAUUGGUUAUAUCAACCUGAAGAAGCUGUUAAAGUUGCUAAUGGUAGAGUCACUUUACAAGGUAACUUGGAUCCAGGUACUAUUUAUGGCUCUGAUGAAAUCAUUUCUCAAAAAGUUGAAGCAAUGAUUAAAGGUUUUGGUGGUGGUAAACAACACUAUAUAAUAAAUUUUGGUCAUGGUACUCAUCCUUUCAUGGAUCCUGAAAAGAUCCGUCAUUUCUUAAAAGAGUGUCAUAGAAUUGGUUCUCAAUAG